UCUGUGGCCCUCUUCUGGUGUUUCUUCGAUUAUUCGACCGCGAAAGAGAAAGGCAUAUGCAUCAGGAUCGUCAUCGUCUUUUGUUCUGUGGCGUGUUCGAGAUUUGGGGAUCAGUGGGAAGCUUGGAAAUUUUAAAUUUGAGGGUUGCUUUCUAUACUUUCGUGUUUGUCUCCGACUCUUUUUCUUUUACCUUCAAGGAACUAUAAACUUCAAAAAUCAGAUAGGGUAGACUUGGGAAUUUCUUUAAGCGUUUACUUUGCUUGGUAUAUAUUCUUCUUUCUGCUUUUGUUAGAUAACUUAAAGGAAUUCUGUACCUCGUGGAGUGAAGUUUGCAAAUUUUGGCUGCUUGUGAAGCUUCCAUUUGGAUAGAUUCAAAUAUUUUGAGCUGUUUACUCUUGGAUUCUGUUGCCACAAAGCAAUUUUGAAGUGUGUUUUGCUUUGACCCUCCUUAAACUUGAGUUAUUUAGGGGAAUCUUGCAAAGCGGUUGUUUGGUUGAGUUAAGCCUUAAGGCAUAAGGUAUUGAGUUGAGGUAAUUAGAUUUGUAUGGGAUCAUGGCUGCGAGUAUGGAUUUUUCGCCUCUGUUUGUUAUAUUAGAAGGUGGUCAAAAUAAUAAGGAUAAUGUAUCAACUGUGGAAGAUCAGACCUCAGAGAAUAAUUUGAAACAAAUAACAAAUUGGAAACCUCCGCGGCAUCUUUCGGUUACGUGUCAUAGCAUGAGCUCUAAGAGGCUGCUGGCCACAGCUGAGUUGGAUUUGGAUGUCAGUAUUGUUGCCGGUAAAUCACUUUGUGAUGAAAAGUCAGAUUUCUUACCCGUGUUCCGCUCAGGAAGUUGUGCAGAAAGAGGUCCUAAACAGUACAUGGAAGAUGAACACAUAUGUAUAGAUAAUCUUAUUGAACAUCUAGGGGCAACUGCAGACUUCCCUUCUCCUGGGGCUUUCUAUGGGGUGUUUGAUGGCCAUGGAGGUACAGAUGCAGCAUCAUUUAUCAGAGAUAACAUCCUUAGAUUCAUAGUUGAGGACUCCCAAUUUUCAAUUUGUGUGGAGAAGGCAAUUAAAAGCGCUUUUGUGAAAGCUGAUUAUGCAUUUUCUGACGCUGGUUCUCUUGAUAUCUCCUCUGGCACCACUGCUCUAACUGCCCUUAUUUUUGGCAGGACAAUGAUAAUUGCAAAUGCUGGGGAUUGCCGUGCAGUGUUAGGGAGGAGAGGUAGAGCGAUUGAGAUGUCAAAAGACCAUAAACCCAAUUGCACAUCUGAAAGAAUUAGAAUUGAGAAACUCGGUGGUGUCAUUUAUGAUGGCUACCUCAAUGGUCAAUUAUCUGUGGCACGUGCAUUAGGAGAUUGGCACAUGAAAGGCCCCAAAGGUGCUACCUACCCUUUAAGUGCAGAGCCAGAGUUGCAGGAGACACACCUGACUGAGGAUGAUGAGUUCUUGAUAAUGGGCUGCGAUGGCUUAUGGGAUGUAAUGAGCAGCCAAUGUGCUGUGACUAUGGCAAGGAAAGAAUUGAUGCUCCACAAUGACCCUGAAAGAUGCUCAAGAGAGCUGGUCAGAGAGGCACUCAAACGCAACACAUGUGAUAAUUUAACAGUUAUUGUGGUUUGCUUUUCAUCAGACCCUCCCCCUCGGAUAGAGAUACCUCAAUCCCGAGUUAUGAGGAGUAUAUCAGCAGAAGGCCUGAAUUUACUCAAGGGUGUAUUGGACUGUAAUUCAUGAGAACGAAGUGGAAUGCUUAUAAGAUGGAUGUACAUAUAUUGAGGUGACAAUCGGUUCAGGGCAUUUUAGCCCCCAAGCUGCUGCCACCGCCAUUUUACUUGUGCUGCUGCCACUAUCUUUGUUGUAGCUGUUGCUAUUGUUAUUCCCUUUCCACGGCUGACAUUCAGUCUCAUUCAUAGAAAUAAAAUUAUGUAGGAUUUGACUAACUUUUUGUUUGAGUUCUAAACCCUGUACAUCCCAAGAUAGUUGUGUUGUACCAAUUGGAAGAUUCAUUCUAUAUGUUAUUCUAAUCAGAAAAAUUCAUUGUUUCUCU